AUGUCCUACUUCCUCAUAGGCCUGGCCGAUGAGACCUUAACCAUAAGACUUGGAGAGGAGGCUCCAGUCACCUUCGCCGAGGUAUUGCAAAAGGCGAAGAAAGUCAUUGAUGGGCAGGAGCUCCUCCGAACCAAGACUGGCCGACCUGAAAAGCAGGUCGAUCAGAAAAAACCAGGCCAGGUGAAAUGGAGGGCUGAUGUCAGGUCCAAAGAUAAGGGACCAUCCUCCUCCAGUAGCAGAACAGAGUACCGUAGGACGGAGAGCGGCCCUACCCGGAGCCGACCUUUUGAACGGUACACUCCAACCACCAUCCCCAUCUCCGAGAUGCUCACGAACAUCGAGGAGAGCGGGAUGGAAAAACUCCUCAAGCGACCUGAGAAGCUCCGAGGAGACCCAGAAAAAUGCAACAAAGAUAAUUGCUGGGAAUUGAAGCGCCAGAUUGAAGAACUCAUUCAAGAUGGCUACUUCAAAAAAUUCGUGGGCAAACCGAGGUCUAACUCGGUCGAAAAGAAGGAAGAGAGGAAGCGUUCAAGAACGCCGCCUCGUCGGGAUGACCGACCUGCGGUCAUCAAUACUAUUUUCGGAGGUCCGAGCGGGGGCCAGUUCGGAAACAAGAGAAAUAAGCUGGCUCGCGGGACCAGGCGCGAAGUAUGCAUCAUUAGGGAGCAGAAGCCCACCUGCCCCAUCACUUUUGGCGACGCCGACCUGGAGGGGGUCCACUUGCCUCACAACGAUGCACUGGUGAUCGCCCCUCUGAUUGAUCACAUCCUAGUCCGAAGAGUGUUGAUCGAUGGAGGCGCAUCUGCCAACAUCUGGUCCCUCCCAACAUAUCUAGCAUUGGGAUGGACCAGGUCACAAUUAAAGAAGAGUCCAACACCUUUGGUUGGAUUCUCUGGAGAAUCGGUCUCCCCAGAAGGGUGCAUUGACCUAUCGGUAACUAUCGGACAAGAUGCUACCCAAGUAACGCAGAUGGCCGAGUUCGUGGUAAUCGACGAUAAGUCAGCCUACAAUGCCAUCUUCGGGAGACCCAUCAUCCAUUCAUUCUGGGCCGUCUCCUCCACAUUGCAUCAAGUAUUGAAGUACUCAACCUCGAAUGGGGUGGGCACGGUCCGAGGUGAGCAAAAAACCUCACGGAAAUGUUAUGCAUCCACGCUCAAGGGGUUUGCGGUGUGCACGCUUGAAGAACAAACCAAUCGAGGCAAGCUGCAAGGGUCAGAGGCCGACCUGCCAAAGAAAAGCAAAAGGCAGUUCUCCCCGCCAACAGAGGAGCUCGAGCUCGUUCCUUUACUUAGCCCCGAAAAACAUGUAAACAUAGGAACCAAGCUGGAGGCCACUGACAGGAAAGAACUGAUCAACUUCCUCAGGUCUAACUCGGACGUCUUUGCGUGGUCUCACGAGGAUAUGCCUGGUAUCGACCCGUAG